AUGUCGUCGAGAUCCAAUUCGCAAACAAAAAUGAAACAAAACGGGAAUCUCAUGAAACCAGUAUCUGCACCGCUGUCUUCGACGCGUCUCAGUCGCCUCAUAUACCUUCUCGUCGUCCUGAGCGCUAUCCUCACAGCAUAUUAUUCGUUUCGCAUCGUUCAAUGGAAGACGGAAGUGGGUGGUUGGUGGAACCCUUCUACGGGCCAGAGACCGCACGCUGUCAAAAUAGAGCAUAGAACGCAGCACGGGAGGGUGGAAGGUGUCGAGGAUCACAUCAACGCGCUUGCUGAGGCAUUGGGCAUGCCGUCGAAGGAUCUUGCUAGGGCCAUUGCUGGUGCGGUCAGGGAGUAUGUUCCACCAGCAAGCCUAAGCGCACUGAAGGAAAAGGAGACAGGGAGCCCAGUCGAGGCUGCUGGGAUCGUCGGUGGCGUUAUGAGCGGUGUGGAAAGUUUUGUUGGGAUGGACGAGCCCUAG